AUGGGUAAACCACAAUACACACAAAAAUUUAGAAAUGAUUGGUUAAAUAACAAACAAUUUAAAGAUUGGCUAAUAGAAGUUGAAGAUGAUGAAACAAAGGCCAAGUAUUUUUCAACUUCUAGACAGCUUUCAAAAUUUAUUAAACCAGAAACAUCAAAAUCUAACUCUGCUGAAGGUAGUUUGAGCUUGUUCGUUGCUGCCCAUACUUCAAUUUUACCAGUCAAUCAUUUGGGGGAAUUAUGCAAAAAAGUAUUUCAUGGCUGUGAUUCUGCCAACGAAUUAAAACUACAUCGAACUAAAUGUACAAAUAUAAUUGUAAAUAUUUUAGCUCCUCAUUUUAAUGGUGAUCUUUUAAAUAGUAUUGGCAGUAGGCACUACAGUAUUAUUAAUGAUGAAUCUACAAAUAUUAGUGUUACUGAAUUGUUAGGAAUCACAAUUUUAUAUUUUAAUAAAGAAACCGGUGAAGUAGUUUCUACUUAUUUAGCAUUAGUAGAAAUGAUUACAUAUGAUGCAGUUUCCAUAAUAAAUGCAAUAAUAAAUACAUUGAAAAUUAAAGCUGUGUCUGCAGCUGCUAAUGUUACAUUGCCAAGGCAUAUUGAUUUUCUAGUUAAAGAAACAUACAACUGGUUUGCUCAUUCAACUUUAAGACAAAAUGAAUAUAAAACUUUAAAUAAAGCAAUUAAUGAUAGACAUAGUCCAUUGAUAAUUAUUUUGGCUUGUGGGACCAGGUGGCUAUCAAUUGAAUCAGCUAUAAAUCGAAUACUAGAACAAUGGGUUGAAUUAAAAUUACUUUUUCAAAUGGCACGAACUAAAGAAAAAUGUUUCACAGCUGAAAUUCUAUAUAAUCUUUAUAAUGACCAACAGAAUUUUGUAUAUUUAACAUUUUUAAGUCCAGUUUUAUUUGAAGUACAAUCUGUUAACAAGGCAUUUAAAUCAAACACAGCUGAUCCGCUCAAAUUAUUAUCAACUUUAUCUAAUUUAGUUCAAUCGGUAUCUAAAAAAUAG